AUGGACGACAGUCUCCUCUUCAUUGGUUCCUCCCUGUCUGACUCCCUCCUACUGCGUUACCGCCUCACCUCAGAGAAGCUCGGGCUUCAUCCCCGUCCUCCUGGUGACACUCUUACCAAUGGUACAAUUUUACCACUAGCAGGCGCUGCUCCGGAGCCGAAAAGAGUCAGACUUGAUUCCACUGCAUCCACUGGAUCUGCCACUGAGCUGCCUUCCACCGUCACUGAAACUGACUCCUCCUCCGCAAUCAAUUCCUCCGCGAAUCAUCUCAAUUUCGACGAAACUGACGUAGAACUUUACGGUCCCUCCAUUCAGCACCCGACCCCUCAGUUUAUGGACAUCGAUGUGUUUAACUUCGAGCAGGUUUUGGACUGCCUGCGAAAUAUUGGCCCAAUGGCCAACAUCACGGCUGGCGAGGUGCCCUGUCUGGCUACCGGUCAGACUGACCCGUCGGAUGAGGUUCUCACCGCUGCACAGGCGGAGAUGGCUCACAUUGAACUAAUUGCUUCAAUUGCUCGACCGUUGACCUCUGAUACGCCCCACUUCCAGCCAGCCAAUAGCGCUGUGGGUGGAGGCAUAGCUUUGUUGCACCGCAGUGUGCGAGCACACGGUCUGACGGCGUUCGAGUUGCCGGAGUACAACAGUCUCUGGUCGCUCUACGGUCCUCCAGUGGGCACUUUCGGCGAAAAGGAGAGUGUGAAGGAGGAGGAGGGUGAGGAGGAGCACGAGAAAGAGAAUCACUCUCCGGUGAAUGGUAGUGUUGGCAACGAUGAGGCCGUUGAGGAUGCUCCAACGAAAACUGACUCCCCGGACCCUAACGCCUUCUCCCAUGAGGAAAAGGAAAACAAAAUUGAUAUAUUGGACACUGAAGCUGUCGGAGAUGUCUUUUUUUUCACCAUCACUACCGCCGUCACCACCACUAUCAGCAGCAUCCUUAUAGAGUUCGGUUCUUAUUCCUAUUCUCUCUCGUCACUCCUCACAGACAGCGGUCCACCGAAGGAGAACUCCGAUGGUGCUGAGGUUAUAACGGAAUCAAAUGGAGAGAGCACACAACAGCUGCCUCAAGAAAAGGAGGGGGAAGAAACGACGGCGGAAGCUGGCAAGCAGCCCUCCACACCGCCACCUCCGCCAGCAUCAUCUGCCGAACUGCACAGUUACCUCCUACUAACUCGCGAAGACUCCACAAUGAUUCUGGAAGUCGGUGAGGAAAUUGUGGAACUGGAGGUCAGCGGUUUCAACACCACCGAAACCACCGUAAUAGCCGCCAAUCUCGGCCAAAUCCAUUCUCAACGCUCGAAAUCUCGGCCACUGGGGUCCAUGGACGCCUCACCAAGCGUCGAGAAUGCGCCCGGCGAGCCAACUAGCCUGCGUGUAGGCAAGGACUAUCCAUAUAUUUUGCAGGUAAACACCCAUACUUUAGUUUCUGGUCCUUAUCCCCACCUCACAUUUUUUACUCAACUCUUCUAUCCUCUUUUCAUUACCGUCCUCUUUUGGCGCUACAAGCAAUUAUGGAGAACAUUUAAUGGCAACGAUGGGUUAUGUGGCUGCUCUAAAAAAGGGAACCAAGGACUCCUGUAA